UCCAAGUUGAAGAGACACAGGGACACCCACACCAUGGAGAAACCAUGGAAAUGUAGGGACUGUGGGAAGGGAUUCAAUUACCCAUCUCAGCUGGAGAUUCAUCAACGUAGUCACACUGGGGAGAGACCAUUCAGUUGCUCACAAUGUCGGAAAACUUUCAGAGAAUCGUCCAACCUGCUGAAACACCAGCAACUUCACACUGGGGAGAAGCCAUUCACUUGUUCCAUGUGUGGGAAAGGCUUCACUCAGUCCUCCCACCUGUUGACACACCAGCGAGUUCACACUGGGGAGAGGCCGUACAGCUGUUCCCACUGUAUGAAGACAUUCACCCGUUCAUCCAACCUUCUGAAACACCAGCUAGUUCACACAGGGGAGAGGCCGUUCACCUGCUACAUUUGUGGGAAGGGAUUUACUCAGUCCUCUAACCUACUGACACAUCAGCGGGUACACACUGGGGAGAAGCCAUUCACCUGCUCUGUGUGUGGGAAGGGAUUCUCUCAGUCAUUCCAUCUGCUGACACAUCAACGAGUUCACACUAACGAGAGACCUUUCAAGUGCUCUGGCUGUGUGAAGACCUUUGCUCGUUUAUCAAACCUGAAGACACAUCAGCGAGUUCACACUGGGGAGAGGCCAUUCACUUGCUCCCUGUGUGGGAAGGGAUUCACCCAGUCUUCCAACCUACUAAAACAUCAGCAAAUCCACAAGUGACUGUAGGGAUUGGACUUUGAUGUUACUGCUGCUGUUAAUUGCAAUCACAUACUGUCCAGAACCAUGUUCAUUUUGACAGCUGGACUUUGCCUCUGCUGAUGUUAAUAUUCCCUAUAAUGGGACUGGCAUUUAAAAAGCUAAAUAAACAUUUGAUCAAUCAGA